UUCGAGCCACGGACGCCCCUGCAGCCCCUCCCUCCAGGCCCUCCCCAGCCCGGGACUGGAACCCUGUUUACCCGCUCCCAGGCCUGGGGGCCGCGGGUAGGAGGCGUGGGAAAUUGGGGCAUAGAGGGGCGGAAUGCAGCCGCGGCCCUGCGGCAGAUCUUGCGAGAUUCCUGGACACAGAAAGGGGCCAGAACCAGCCCUUGGCGAGACCGCGGCGCCGGCCUCGGGGUCCUGACACCACCGCGUCCUGGCAGGUGGGGCGGUCAGCCGACUCCCCACAGAGACGCCGACUUCCCCGGGCCUUGGCUGCCCCCACGGGCCUGUGGCGAUGGAGAGGCGCCUCCAGGACACCUUCCCGCACCCCUGGGAGCAGUGCCUGGGGAUCUGAGGGGCCCUUUAUUCUGCGGUUUCGGUUACGUAAAUGGAGCCGAGGGAGCAACAUGGCUGACAAGGCCAAGCCCGCCAAAGCUGCCAACAGGACGCCCCCCAAGUCCCCGGGGGACCCCUCGAAGGACAGGGCGGCCAAGAGACUGUCGCUGGAGUCGGAGGGUGCCGGUGAGGGGGCGGCUGCGGCCCCCGAGCUCAGCGCCCUGGAGGAGGCCUUCCGGCGCUUCGCCGUGCACGGGGACACCAGGGCCACUGGGAGGGAGAUGCACGGUAAGAACUGGUCGAAGCUGUGCAGGGACUGCCAGGUGAUCGACGGCAGGAACGUGACUGUCACCGACGUGGACAUCGUCUUCAGCAAGAUCAAAGGGAAGUCUUGCCGGACCAUCACCUUUGAGCAGUUCCAGGAGGCGCUGGAGGAGCUCGCCAAGAAGCGAUUCAAAGAUAAGAGCAGUGAGGAGGCGGUUCGCGAGGUGCACAAGCUCAUCGAGGGCAAGGCGCCCAUCAUCUCAGGGGUGACGAAAGCCAUCUCGUCGCCCACCGUGUCAAGGCUUACAGACACCACCAAGUUCACGGGCUCCCACAAGGAGCGCUUCGACCCCUCUGGCAAGGGCAAGGGCAAGGCCGGCCGCGUGGACCUGGUGGAUGAGUCGGGCUACGUGUCUGGAUACAAGCACGCGGGCACCUACGACCAGAAGGUGCAAGGGGGCAAGUAGGCCCCCGAUGCCCGAGGCACUGCGGGUGUCCCCGGAGCAGGGACUUUGUCACCUCACACUUCAUUACAUUCCUGUGCUCACUCGGGCAGAACUCACACCAGUGCCCCAGCAGGGGCUGUGGGGAGGCCAGGCCCAGGCCUCCCUCCUGCCCCUCCUCCUGCCAGAUGCCCCCAGCACUACCCUCUCAAACCGGGUUUGGGCCCCAGUUCACUGACUCUCCUAAUGCACCGUCUCGUCCUCAGCUGGGAAGAGGACAGCUGUUUCCAACAUGUCUCCCGGAUCACGCCACGUUGCGCACGUGUUUUGCAGGUCAAAGGGGUGUUUUAAAGGAGUGGGCUAUCAUGGCAACAGGAGGCAACAGCACACCCCUUCUAGGAGCUCUGAGGGCAGCAGGCACUAACACCACCCAGCAGGCAGCUAACAAGAGUGGGCCCCACCCCAGACGCGGGAGGUGUCUGUGGGGCCGAGGCCCAUCCUGUGUGCAGCGGACACCACAGGGCCUGCCUGCUUUCCUGGGCGGAGGGGAGACUCGGCCCACCAGGCAGACGAACCGGGCGCCUGGUGCAGGUGUGGGAAGGCUGGCCACACGGACACACGUGUGCACACGUGCCUACGAGCCAGCGCUGUGCCCACGGCAGCCUUGGUGAAAGGAAGGCUGUGGGGAACAGAGGAUGGCUUCCCAGCUGACCACAGUGCCCCAGAGUGCGAGGCUGGAGUCGGCUCCCUCUGCUUUCCGGAGAAGACGCAGUAGCUGCCUGUCGUUCUCAGAGUGGGUCUGGGAAGAUUCGGAGUGUCUGAUCCCCGUGGUGUCACCAGGCAGGAGGCACUCCUCACCUCACACAUGGCAGGGCCUCCCACUCGCCCGGCCUUGUCCUCACUAGCUGCACCCUGCUUGCUCACAGACCUCCUACCCACAGCCCAAGCACCUCCUUCAACUCUCCCUAAAUGGCCCUGCCUGACCUCUCCCAGCCCCUCCUCUCAGAGAGCAGGACAGCAGGGAGGACCCCCAGACCUGCAGCAUCUGUGGGGGCUUCUCUGCUAGUGGGCGGCCCAGCAGAGCCUGUCCAGGACCCUCCGCAUUGCCAGGACACACCCAGGCUGCCUACCCUUGCCCAUCUGCACCUGGGGAGAACCCGGUGCUCCUGCCCCCUCCUGGGGCGGCUGACAGGCAUGGCCACCCACUGUCACAAUGGCCCCACUGCCACUGUUCCUUGGCACGCACACAGCCACAGCCUCUCGUGUGACCUGCUGGGCCGUGGGUCUGGAGCCCACCUGCGGAGGAGCCUGCGGCGGUCUCAGAGAAACGCUUCGGAGCCUGUUUGUCCAUGGCCACAGUCAGGCUCCGGCCAGGGCCAGGCUCACAGUACAGGACAGCGAGGUCUCUCCCUCACCGCCAUGGCACGCGUGAGCACCACCCACCUCCCCACUCCCAAGAGUGCACCUGCUGCAGCCACCGCCCCAUGGAAGACUCCCCCAACCUGAGCACAGCAGGAGCCCCAGGACCUGAGCUCCCAGCCAGCAUAGUCCGCUGAGACCUGGGGGGUCUCCAAGGCCCCUUGGCAGGGAAGCCCCAACCUGAAGACGGGGUCCUGGCAGGCAGCUUCCAUGACAGGUCCUGGAAGUUCAUGGUGCUUGUCAAUAAAGACGGAGGAAUAAUGGAUCUCAGGCUUCGUGACUGCUUCAGGACGUCACCUUGCCAGCCUGGGGAGGGCGGGGGGCGCACAAGCCCAGCCCUAUGUCCUCGCUGAACCUGGCUGGACCACGUGUGAAAGGCAGAACUAACAUGCGGGAAAUGUUUGAAAACAACUCUGAAUGUGCAAAGUGUGGAAUCACCCAAUCACAGCCCCACCACAACCCCAAAAGCCCUUGAAGAAGCCGAGGACAGCUGGUCACUGAACAGGGCGGCUCCCCAGGUCCCGAAGCCUGAGACCCAGAGGACCCUGUACCCUCACCCCUCGUGCUCCUGCCCUCUUCAGCCUCCCUGGCCCCAGCACAGCUCCACCCCGGGCUGCGUCUCCUAGUCCGAGGCCGCGUUCCUCUUCUGUCCGUGGGCAGCCCGGUCCCCACAGUCACAGCCAAGUCACGCAGAAUGAACGUGACUCCAGAGGACCCCAGCGCUGGAGCUGAGGGCGCUGGGUCAGGACGGAGGGACAGGUGGGUUGGGGUCCAUGGGUCCCCACACUGUGCGACAGGCAGAGGCUCGCCCAGGCCCUGCUGCAGUCUGUGGGGACGAGGGACACUGAGGACAGGUGCUGGGCGCCGGACGCUGCCUCCUGGUCCCGGGUUGGCCUUGAGAAAAGGGCCAAGCUGCGUCAGAGCAACCAGAAACUGGACCCGAGCACGAGAAUUGCCUCCGCCCAGCCCAGGCACCACCAACCUCGCAGGGAGCAGGCCCCGUCACUGCCGGCCACCUCGCCCACGCCAGGCGACCUUGUCCAUGCCGGGCCACCUCGUCCAUGCACCAGCACCGACUCACCACAGCCCUCCUCAGACCUGGCCAGAGUGGCUGGAGCCGCGGGGCCCAUGGCGUCCAUCUUGGCCCUGGAGGUGAGCUCCUUCACAGGAGUGGUCCCUUCACUCCAAGGGACAUCACGGCAUGUGUCCCAAACUCUUGGACACGCCUGUGGGUUCCAUGAAGGAAAUCGAGGCUGCUGUGGCACCCUGCCUGUCCUACCUGGAGCACCCCGGGCUCUUGGAGGGAGAGGCCCCAUGCCCCUGCUCUCCCUCCACACUCCCAGAGUUGGCACCCGUGAGACAAAGGGGAGGACUCCCUGGCGUCCCACCCUCCCCCUGCGGCCCCCAGGCUGUCCUCAGACGUGCAGGAGCCAGGAGAGUGCCCUUCUCCACUCAGCUCUGAAGCAAACCUUUGAAAAUACCUACCCUGCUCCUGUCUCUGUCACCUAACCAGGAGGGGUAGCAAAAGUGAAGUCAUGAGGACACAGCGGUCACCAUUGUCAGUUAAAAAUUGUCUGCGGAAUCUGUGAUUGUAACUGUCCGCUGCACGAGAGACCCGUGCAUCUUCCUCAUCGGUUUCUGAAUAUUGUGAAUUCCAGGCAGAUGUAUUUUCUCUUCUGCAUGUUUUUCUGCACUGCCAAUUAGCUUCUACUAACCAUGGUUCAACAGAAAAUAAAUGUGUAUUUGUGAUAAAAGAAA